UUAUUUUCCAUUUUUCAAGUUUAUUUUUCUGCGUUUCUUCCUUUUCCCCCCAAACCCUAAUUUCACAGCCCCUUGAAGAAUUUCUGAAGCAUUGGAAAAUUUUUAAUUUUUAUUUUUAUUUUGGGAAAAAUAAGCCUCGCCAUUGAAGCUCUGUGCAAGCUCUGCCGUGGCUGGGUUUGAGCGGUCAACCAGUUUUUGUUUAGUUUGAAUGAUUCGAACUGCACAACUUUCUGGUUUUGAUCGUUGUUCUUCCGAUACAGUGGCUACAAUUUCUAGGUUUUGCAAAAUUUGAAGUGGUUUUCGUUUCAGCUUUUUUACCUACUCUGAUUUUUCAUGAGUAGGCUUUAAGUUUGAAGUUUGUUGCUAGGGUUUCUGGUUUUUCGGAUUCUUUUUUUUUUUUUUGGUUAUGUAAAUGGAGCAGCAAGAAGAGAUUAGCAGCUCUAGGGAUGCAGUCAAGGGCGAUGAAGCUCCGGCGAGCUUCAUAGUGGCGGCGAGGAGCGAAAACCCCGGCGAAUUGAGUGGAUCAACGAUACCGCCGCCGGCGGUGGCGGCGACGCCGGUUAGCGUGGCGAUGCCCGGUACGAAGGUGAAGAAGAAGAGAGGAAGGCCGAGGAAGUACGGACCCGGUGGGUCGGGUAUGCCGGCAUUAUCACCAAUGCCUAUAUCAGCGUCGAUUCCGCUAACGGGAGAGUUCUCAGCUUGGAAACAGGGCAGAGGGAAGUCUAUUAACUCAUUUAAGAAGAAACAUAAGUUAGAGUUUGGAAGUCCAGGGGAGUGGGCAUCUUACUUUGUUGGAGCAAAUUUCACGCCUCAUGUGAUCACUGUUUAUACUGGCGAGGAUGUUUCAAUGAAGAUUUUUUCUUUUUCUCAACAAGAAUCUAGAGCUGUCUGUGUUCUUUCAGCAAAUGGAGCAAUUUCGAAUGUUACACUUCGGCAGGCUAACUCUUGUGGUGGUACUUUGACAUAUGAGGGUCGUUUUGAAAUACUUUCCUUGACUGGGUCAUUUAUACCUAGUGAUGGUGGGGGAACAAGAAGCAGAUCUGGUGGAAUGAGUGUUUCGUUGGCCGGCCCAGAUGGUCGUGUUUUUGGGGGAGGACUCGCUGGUCUGUUAGUAGCCGCUGGACCUGUUCAGGUUGUGAUUGGCAGUUUUUCACCAGGCCAUCGGCAGGAGCAGAAGCCCAAGAAGCAGCGGUUUGAGCACGCAAUAAAUUUUUCGCUUCCUCCUGCAAACCAUCACCCUGCAGAACCAGCAGAGGUUGUCUAUGGUGGACCAAAGCCAAACUUUACUCCUCCCUCUUCCUUCCAUGGAGAGAAUAUGGGUACUCCAAUCCCCUUCCAGGUCCCAAAGAAUUUAGCAAAUGAAAAUGAAACAUCUUUGCCCCGAGCAGAACCUAAAGGCCCCAACCUACAGGACCGGGAGAUUUCUUGCUGAUCAUGAGUGCCUCAUGUAACUGGGCCUGAGGUGCAUCUCUGCUUCCGUUUAGCAAACUUGAAAUGUUAGGUUUAACCUCCCUUUUCUGAUCCCGAAGUAAUCGCUUCGGCUCCUUCCAUCAUCAGGGGAAUCAGGGGGUUUAGAUGAGACCAGUUUUAAACUGGAUUUGUAUUUGUAGGAGGAACUAGCUAGGUUAGGUCAUCUAUCUAGUAACCUUAUGUUGCAGUUGUUGUCAUCGCAUGUUAUCUGGUGUUGUGGGGGGAACUCUUAGAUGUACGGUGCCUUGUUUGUCAUCCAUCCAACUUCUCUGGACCACCCGAGAGGCUGGAUGUCAAAUUGGAUUUCAUGUUUUUAUUAAGAAAUAACUUCUGUGUUGUGAAUGAAUGAAAUGGAGCAAAUUUAAAGGAAUGCUUGGAGUCCCUUUUCUGGCUCAA